UCUCGCAUUAGCGUGGUUUUUUGAGUUGAGUACACAUACAACAUGUGUAAGUAAAUUUUGUCCGAUAAAAUGAGUUCCCAGAAAGGUAAUGUCUCUCGGUCUCGCGGCCAGAAGCAUCAAAACACAUCAGCAUUCAAAAACGACAAGUACGGAGCGAGUGUUCACGUAAAGAGGGCAAACUCAAAGGUCCACGAUGGGCUCUGUCAACAUUGUAAAGGUGUUCUUGAGUGGAAAGUGAAGUACAACAAAUACAAGUCUCUAACACAGCCCAAAAAAUGUGUCAAGUGUUCUCAAAAGACUGUAAAGGAUGCAUAUCACAUAAUCUGUAAGCCCUGCUCCCUUCAGCUAGAGAUCUGCUGCAAGUGUGGAAAGAAGGAAGAUAUCGUUAUCCCCAUAAAUUCUCAAGUGGACAAGAAAGAGGAGGAAGAUGGUGUACAGGAAAAGAAAGGAGGUGGACGAGGGAAGAAGGACAUGGAUGACUUCGACAGUGAUGAUGACUUUGAUGAUGAUGAUGCUGACUUAAGUGACUUUGGAGAUGAUGCUGAUGAAGGAGAUGAUUUGAAAAAUGACCCAGAGCCAAAGAAGAUGCAGAAAAAGUCUGAUGUGCUCCCAGAUGUAUCUCGAGUCAAGCUGAAAGACUAAAGAUAUUGAGAAGGAUUUUUUUUUCUACAUUUAAAAUAAAAAUGUUUUUCAGUGGU